GGCCGGUGUUGGUUUGUCUUGGUUAUAAGGGCAGAAUAAUGUCCAAAGCUGUUUCAAAAAGCAACAACCCCCUGCCCUCAUUAAAAUAACCUAAAAUAAUUAAAAGUGGUAAUGAUUGGGUCAUAUACACAUAGUGAAAUAUUUGAGCUAUACCUUAAGUUAUAUACUCAAAUACUAUUCAUUAAAGGUUUAAAGUCAUUUUGCUCGCUCCUAAGGUUGUUUAUUCCGUUGUCAAACAUGGCGUCGAAAGAGAAGAAGAAGGGUGAGAAAAGGAGCGGUAAGAAAACAGAUGCUGAGGAGGAGAAAAAGGUAGAAACACCGGUCACGGACUGCGUGGAUACACCAUCAGAAGAUGCGACCAAUGCAGAACCCGCUGAGGAGCCUCCUCGAGAUCCAACACCAGAACCUACUUACGAUGAACCUGCACUUUCUGAGCUCAUUGUCGAAAGUUUUGAAGGUGAAAAGGUGAAGGGUCUGUAUGAGGGAGAAGGAGAAGCACAGUUCACUGGAGGCCACUAUUACAAGGGCAUGUUUUCUGAGGGCUGCAUGCAUGGAAAAGGAGUGUAUGUUUGGGCUAAUGGAACUCAAUAUGAGGGAGACUUUUUGAAGAAUCAAGUGACUGGCAAGGGAAUGUACACUUGGCCAAAUGGCAGCACAUAUGAGGGGGAUGUCUCAAACGGCAAGCGUCAUGGAUUUGGCACUUUCCGUAGUGCAGACAACAGGCUUUCCUACUCUGGAGACUGGGUCUUGGGGAAAAAACAAGGAAAAGGCCGUAUGGAUUAUGAUGCUGAAGGAAAGUCAUACUAUGAUGGUGAUUGGGUAAAUGGCAUCAAGCAUGGGUGGGGCACCCGUCAGUACCCAUCAGGCAACGUCUACCAUGGCAUGUGGUUUAACAAUGUCAGGCAUGGUGAAGGAACAAUGAAGUGGUUGGAUAGAGACCAGGUCUAUGCUGGACAGUGGGAGAAUGGCAUUCAGCAUGGUCUUGGUCAGCAUAUUUGGCUGUUGCGCAGAGUGACUAAAUCCCAGUAUCCUCUGAGGAACAUGUACGAUGGGGAACUGGUCAAUGGCCUUCGCCAUGGGACAGGUGUAUUCUACUAUGCCAAUGGUGCCAAAUAUGAGGGCUAUUGGAGAGACAACAUGAAGCAUGGACAGGGCAAAUUCACUUUCAAGAACGGCCGUAUCUAUGAAGGUCUCUUUGAGAAGGAUCACAUUGUAGAGUACCCAGAUUUCACCAUGGAUGGAUCUGCAUCUCCUGACAUGACCCAAAUCCGGACCAGGACCCCGGUGCCCACAGAUAAUGUGUCUGUCCACUCCAAUGAUAGCAAGAACACAGUCAGUCCGAGCUUCCAACUUGAGAUCCACACUCUUCUGGCCACACUACCUGCAGAUGAUGUGGAGCAUGAGGUCAGCCAGGUUCUCUACUCCAUCACACGCCAUGUGAGUGCCUUACGUCGCAUUUACACCUACUACAGUAUGCUUGGCUAUGAGGAGAGCCCAGACAACACAUUCAUUAUGAACAAGAUGCAGUUCUGGCGGUUCCUCAAAGAUAUCCACCUUCACCAUGACCGGCAUAUGCUCACAGACAUGGACAGAUUGAUUGGGGCCAAUUAUCACAAGUCUAACUAUGAGUUGCACAACCCAUAUGAAAAGAUUCUCCAAAGGCAAUUUGUCAACUAUCUGGUGAUCCUUGCUCAUCUUGUCUAUAAACAGGACUACAAGGAAAAGAAUGAAUCUGGCCCCAUCUUGGAAUACUGUUUCUCUCGCCUCAUCACUGAGAAGGUCCUGAGAUUUGCAUGCAUGGUGAAGAGUCCUAUUUAUUGUGAGACGCGUAGAGCCACAAAUGCGCUUGUACAUAUGGAUCAGGCUUAUGAAAUCUAUCAAGGCAUUAGUACCCUUCGGAAGCAUGCUCCGAGGGAACCGAUGCUGAAAAUGAGAAAUUUUAUGUUUUUGCUCAAGGAACUUGGUCUUGUGAAUCAGGACCUGACUCCAGCAAAGAUUCUGGAGGUUCUUGGCUCUGACAAUCCUGGAGUCAGUGAUGGGGAGGGUUGUUACAACCUAGAACUGGAGAUGACCUUUUUGGAGUUCUUCGAAGCUCUGGUUGGAUGUGCAGAAGUUUUUGUUACGGAGAAUGUGGUGAAGGAUCCUACAACUCCUCGGCCUAGCACUGCUAUGACACAUGAUCCCAGCAUGUACUCAGUGCCUGCUUCACCCUCUCGCAUGACCAGCCAGGGAGCUGGGGAGGAAGGGGCGGAGUCUGUGAGACAACAAACUCCAUUCCCACCAAGCACAAGCCCUGUACCUCAGUCACCUGUGAGAAAUGCCUCGUCUGUCGCUCUCACUAACAAGACAGGAGGGGAUGAGUCUAACAAAGCAGGAGAGGGAUCAACCAUGAACCUUCCGGGUGAUGCCCCGACAACCAAAUCCAGUCAACCUGGGAGUGUCCGACAAGAUUUGCCUGGCGAGAUGCAGAAGAGUGCAUCUUUCAUCAGUGCUCACACUGGUUCUGAGGAAAAUCAACCACUGAUGCAGAGCUCUGUGUCCCUUAUUGGGCCUGAUGGUCAGCCAAUCGAUAAUGAAGAAGAUUCCCAAAGCCCUGAGCAUCACAGCAAGUGUCACAGUGGUUCUGGUAUUUCUUACAUUUAUUGUUUUUGGGGUGCUUGUUUUUUAUUUUUUUUAUUUCAUCUUAAUGUUUUUGUUGUUUUGUUUUGAGUGUUGUGGCUUUGGUAAAUUGGGGGUGCGGACUUUGGCAUGUUUAAAGCUGUUGCUUACCUUUGUUUCAGUUGUCAAAUUACUUGUUUUGAAAAGGGCACCUGUCUUUCUCCGACUUUCUUUUAUUUCGGGAUGAUUAUGUGUAUGUAUGUGUGUGUGUGUGUGUGUGUGUGUGU